UCAGACUUUCAGUUCAAACCAUUUCCCCACUGUUCCUCCUGUCCUCUCCCUCCGCUCCCCUUCUCCCUUCGUCUCCCCGUCUCCGGCUAGGGUUUCCUCACCCACACCGCGCCCUUGCCACCUCCGGGACCAGUGAUGUCGCAAGAUCAAGGUGGGGAGGAUCCUCCGCCGCGGCCGCAGGCGGAAGGCGAGGCACCGCCGGCCGCCGACGUCCCCAUGGGCGAGGCUGCGGCGGUGGAUGAUGAUGAUGAUGAGGAACCCGUCACUGGGGAAGGCGGCGCGGACGGGGCGGCUGGCACCUUUGACUCCGUGGAGGGUUGGGUGAAGCCCGAAGCAGCGGGCGCGGCGGAGGGGGACGGGGAGGAGCUGAAGGGUGACGCAGCGGCGGAUUCCGUUGGCGAGGCUGAGAAAUUGGAGAACGGGGAUGAGCCCGUGACGGUGGGCGGGGAGAAGGGAGGCUCGCCGGUGGGAGAUGCUGCAGAUGGCGGUGAUGAUAAGGGCGUGGAUGGUCAGAAUCAGGCUGCUGAGAACCAGAUUGUGCUGGUGCCGGCUGAUGAGGACCUGGCCAUGUCCAAGAUCUCAAAUAAUUCCUUCAUGUUCGAUUACUCCACUGGUGGUGAUGACUCGGGGACUGAGGAGGAGCAGGCUGCCUUCAUGAAGGAGCUCGAGAGGUUCUACAGGGAGAAGAUGAUGGAGUUCAAGCCCCCGAAGUUUUACGGUGAAGGAUUGAAUUGCCUCAAGUUGUGGAGACAAGUUACUGGAUUGGGUGGCUAUGAUCAGGUGACGUCAUGCAAACUGUGGCGCCAAGUGGGGGAGUCAUUCAAACCUCCAAAGACAUGCACAACUGUUUCAUGGACGUUCCGUAACUUCUAUGAGAAGGCACUCCUUGAAUAUGAGAAACACAAAAUUGAAACAGGAGAGUUCCAAGUAGCUUCAUCUACUUUAGCAGAUCGAAUUGGUUCUGAGAGCCAGGUGGGUGGAAGCCAUAUAUCUGGCUCUGGAAGGGCCAGAAGAGAAUCUGCAACUCGUGCUAUGCAAGGCUGGCAUUCUCAGCGUCUACUAGGAAAUGGUGAAAUUGCUGAUCCAAUAAUUAAGGAUAAAGGCACUAUUGUCUUGAAGAAGGAUAAAACUCCUAAAAGCAGUGGUUCUGCCAAGAGGAAAAGGACUCCAUCCUUGGAAGAUGACAGGGUGGUGCCAUAUAAAUCCGAUAAGCUACAAAAUGACUCUAUGGUUAUUGACAUGGGCCCUCCUGCUGAUUGGGUGAAGAUAAACGUUAGGAGAACUAAAGAUUGCUAUGAAGUCUAUGCAUUGGUGCCUGGCCUUCUGCGGGAAGAGGUACAUGUUCAGUCUGAUCCUGCUGGUCGUUUGAUAGUUACUGGAGAACCUGAGCAACUAGAUAACCCAUGGGGUGUUACUCCAUUCAAGAAGGUCAUUAGUUUGCCUUCCCGCAUUGAUCCUCACCAAACCUCUGCAGUUGUCACUCUCCAUGGGCAGCUAUUUGUGCGUGCACCAUUUGAGCAAUCAAAACAAUGAUGCCACAUGAAGCACAAUAAUACAAAGUUUGCCUUAUGGGUGGGAUUAUGUGCUUGUGACAUGAGCUUAGAAGUUCUCACCCUAAUCUUCGUCGAAAACUAGUUCCUUGCUGAUUCUAAUGCUUCAAGACUCCUUCCUUGCUAGAUCUCUCCUGUAUCAAUUAAACUCAUUAGUUGACAUAGUUCUGUCUGAAUUUGGUUGUCUCCAUUGGCUGUGAUUUGUAGCUAAAGCUAAGUUACUAAAAGCCUUUUAGUUUAGAAUGUUAAUAGCCUGAUGCCCAACAUGUUCAUGUUUUCUUUUCAAUUUAACCGGCAUAAAGUGUACUGUUUGUAGCAAUGUAGCAUGUAGCUUGUUCUCAGUAUUUGAGUUAUCAGAACAUGUAGACAUGUUACAGGUAGAUUCAUUGUAUGUAACUGUUGCCUGACUCAAUGCUAUUCAACAUGUAUGGUCAAACAGUCUAUACUCCA